UUCUUUGUACCAAGAUUGCCACAGCUUAUCCAGCACAACACCGUAACAAUAACAAAUGGCACAAAGAACUUCAGGCUCUUAUACCGCCACUAUAUUACAGUUCUGCAACAGUGCUAAAUAAAGGACAACGAACUGUUCCCAAAGCUGCAUAAACUGCUUUUCGCGCCAUUUUACGUCAUUAGUUGAACAUACAUACAUAUACAUUUGCCUUUCAGAUUAUUCACAAAUGUGCACAGGCACAGAAUAUAAAACAUGUCAACAGCAGGAAACACAUUACACAUAUUGAAUAAUUUGACAUGUACAAGCAGUAUUUACUGCCACGAAGGACUUACGAAUUGUAUAUUACUUUAGUACUUAACGUUCCUUCACGUACUGCUCUUUGAAUUUCCUCCCAUUCCCCCUUCCGAAAUAACAGAAUUAUUUACCGCAACCCAAAUCGUCAAGCUCUACAUUAAUGAACAGAUACUUUUUGCACAGGAAUACUUGAAAUCGAGUGCCAUUUUAUUCAGGAGAAGGUAAUCUGCUUCAUAAUACUUUCAAUAUGCCACAAAAGCGAAUGCCCUUUAGGUAUGGCACAACAAAAAUUCGUUUAACUAUCUUUUUGAUACUAUUGCAGUAACGAGAUGAGAAUUCUAUCAACAUUUUCCGUGGUACGCCACUGCUUUAUUUACUGUCCUUGCUGAACCUGGUCCUGCGUCCAGCAUCCAAUUCGUGGCGACGGCGUGAUCGUUUCAUUGUGAUAGUUCAGGCCGGUUCUUCAGAGAACGUCUUUCUCUUCUCUUUAAGGGUGCAGUGAAAACCGGCCACGGAACGAAAAUGGUGGACGGAAGAGGAGAUUCUGAACAAUAUGUCGUCCAGCCAGGUCGCAAUUCCAUUUGUAACAACAAUACAUCUGAAGAAGCCAGCGGUUACUUCGGUGUCAGCGCAGAGGAAGCUGAACCAGAGCCAAUGGGCUGCAUUGAAUUCAUUGCAACCGCAGCCUCCAUCUUGCUAUUUAUUGUGACCUUCCCCAUCUCACUGUGCCUCAGUUUCAAGGUUGUGCAGGAGUAUGAGCGGGCGGUAAUAUUCCGACUGGGGCGGCUACGUAAGGGUGGGGCACGCGGACCUGGUAUCUUUUUCAUUCUUCCAUGCAUCGACACUUAUUGCAAGGUGGAUCUACGAACUGUCUCGUUUGAUGUGCCACCUCAGGAGGUUCUCAGCAAGGAUUCGGUCACUGUUUGCGUGGAUGCUGUCAUAUACUACCGUGUCAGGGAACCCCUUGCUGCUGUCGUCAAUGUCAACAACUACAGCCACUCGACACGUCUCCUGGCUGCCACAACACUGCGAAAUGUUCUGGGGACACGAAACCUGGCUGAGAUCUUGUCUGAGAGAGAGGCUAUUUCCCACACAAUGCAGACAGCUCUGGACGAGGCAACUGAUCCAUGGGGAGUUAAAGUCGAGAGAGUUGAAAUGAAGGAUGUGCGUCUGCCAUUACAACUCCAGCGAGCAAUGGCAGCUGAGGCUGAGGCAGCACGAGAGGCACGAGCGAAGGUGAUUGCUGCGGAGGGAGAGAUGAAGGCAUCACGAGCUCUGAAGGAGGCUUCAGAUGUUAUAGCUGAGAGUCCAGCUGCACUUCAGCUUCGCUACCUGCAAACUCUGAACACCAUAUCGGCAGAAAAGAACUCUACCAUAAUAUUCCCAUUGCCGCUUGACAUUGUCACACCUUUCUUGAAGUCCAUCACCAAUAAUAAAUAGGUGACCCAGCUGGCCACACACUACGAGGGGCUUGGAGCAUAAAUGGGUCUCAUGUGAAUCUUUCACCUGCUAUUUUGGUGUUCAUCUCGUCUGUGCCACCUUCAGUCCACUCGUGUGUUGCCAGCAAUUCAAAUGGAAUUCCAACGAACAACUGAAUGGAAAAUUGCAAAAGUUCAUAAAAUUAAAGAGUUGUUUUGUGUAAUUCACUCUAUUUCAGAUAAGUGUAAAUUUUGUGUGAAUUGUUCCUAUCUGAUCCGGGACAUCAUUUGAAGGCUACAUCUGAUUGUAAAAGAAAAUGGAGCUUUGAUAAGAAAAAAAAAAUGUAGAUGUAGAAUUCUGUAUUUGUUUAAGAACUUAAUUAAGUGUGUUCUUUCCGGUCACUCUUUUAUGUGUAUGAUGAGUGCGGGUCAAAAGCUAAACAUGUAUUAUUAUACUAUUACACUGUAAUCCAAAAACUGUCUUCAAAUUUGAAUGUCCUCAGUGACUUUGGGGCUUGUUUGUUACCAUAGAGUGAUUCACUUAGAAGAAUGCAUUCAGACUCGUGUCCAAGAUGUAAUCUGUUCAACAUCUAGCGUGAGCCCAACUAACAUAAGCUAUGAUAUUUUUGUUAUUAAAUAUAGUUAGAGUGUUACUUUUCAUACUACCAUAAUUUACUCUAAAAGCAGUUACAUCACUUUAUAUUGAAAUAAAAUCAAAUAAAAUGUUCUUCCAGUUUUAAUCUAGAGAAGUUGUGUGACUUUUCCUUGAAUUUUCAGACUGUAUUUUGCUUUAAUUAAUGAGUUUCCUCCUUCAGUUCUUCAUCAAUUUAAGAGAUUUUUGGAGGGAUUUUUAGUUCAUCCAAUUUAAAGACUUUAUGGCUAUGAAGAGUUAUGAUCAUCUGGGUUUGUAAUGUCACAUAGUUCAGAGAGAGCCUGAAAUUUCAGUGGAAUGUACUGCCUUUUUAUUCCUGCAGGUUUAUUGCUUGACAUACUCUUUAACCGUGAAGAUGAAGGCAUUAUGUUACUCUGAAACACUGGGCUGCUCUCCAAAGUACUCUGUGUUACAGCUCAGGAGAUGUACUCUUCAUAGUCACUGCCAUGAGAACCUAGUAUCCAACUUGUUCAUGGCUGUUUGUGUGUUACAUUUAAAGUAUAGCAUUUCCAUCAGAUGUUGGUUAAGUUUUCCCGCUCAGCAUUUGGCUUUAGUUCUUCAUUAAAUAAUUUGGAACUUUUGGACUCUCAUUCUUCAUGCUUUACAACUUGGGGAGAAUCUGUGUAAUAGACACUGUAAUUAUUAUGUAGAGUAAUAGAAUGGUCAGUACUGGGAAAUAUGUUCAUAGCCAUUUUCAUAUUGUUAUUAUUUAUCACUUUCUUGGUAUAUAUUAAAACUCAUCCAUAAAAAAGUUAUAUCUUUUGCAGAGCUGUGAUUUAUUGUGAAAAAUGUGACUAGCCUCAUUUUAUUUGUUUAAAGCCACAGUGAUCACAAGAAGUGUCAGUACAUAGUUCAGAAUAUUGCCAGCAGGUAGCAGAAACUGCAGCUUUCAGUACAUGCUGGAGUUGUGCAGAAAAAUACAAGGGGGCUCAUCUGUACUGUGGUUUAUGUUGUUAAAUUAUGUUUCAAGUUUUUGUAGUAGUGUAAUUGGAACUCUGAUGGGGGUUGUCUCUUGUUUAAAUACUUUUCAAUUUGACAUACAAUGGAAAACAGAAACAUUGUGCUGUCCUUCAACAAAUAAAGAUUAGCCCCUUUUGGUGUUCUCUUAGAAAUAGCAUUCUUAAGUUUGUCUGUCUGCUGGUUGUAUAUUAGCAGUUCCCUUUGUUUUGUACUGAGCUGUUUGAUGCCUAAACUUCUAUAUGUGAUUACCACAAUAUAGCAUAACCUCUGUUUAGUGUUCAUUGAUUUAAGGUGUUCCAUUAUGUAGUUCUCAGUUUCAGUGACCUCAAGUCAACUCUGCUAAAUUAGCUACAGUUAAGGUUUUCAUCAUAUUAAUGUUGAGAUUACCUGCUGCCAAAAGAAACCUUAUUUGAAUGUUACACUGUUGUCUUUUAAUCAUUACAUGUAAUUAUAUGAAGUGUAUAAUGCCAAAAUCACUAUUCUGAGCACAUUAACCACAAAAAAAAAAAAUGUAAUUUGAUGCUCCUAAGAUAGGGGGGAUAAAGAUUAAUACCAGUAAUAUGAUAAAAUGGAAACAUUUGUAAUUGCGUGCAGGUAAUACUUGUGAGGAAGUUGGUCUGGCCAACCAAGGAAUCAAGGUUUUAUUUCAUGCAGGAGCAAGAGAUUUUCCUCUUCUCCACACCAUCCAUACGAGUUCUGGGGCCUGGCCAGCCUCCCAUCCUCUUGGUUCCAGGGGCUCCACUAUGGGUAAAGCACUCACCCCCAUCUGCUGCUGAAGUUAAGAUGCCUGGAGGUGUACCUCCACUUCCCCAUAAGUUUCAUGACAUGCUUAAUUAAGCACAGGGAUAACUUCACAUUUUUAGUUGAAAACCCCAAGCAGUGUUAACAUUUCAGUGAUUACAAAUAUUAAUAAUUCAGUGUGUAUUACUGUUUAGAGUGUUGCUACUAUGCUGAAUGUUGCUAUAAAGUGUGGAGAUCCUUAAGUACAGUUUCAGAAAAUCUGAAUGUGUAAGUGGAUUUCUCUCCAACAUACUCAGGGUGCAAAAAACUUUGUCUUCUUGUUACAGAUUACAAAUGUAUGUUAUUUUGAA